ACAAAUAGUCAAAUAUGGCUAAAGUUACCAUCGGAACACUCACAACAUACAAUCAUGAGGUUCAGGAAUGGUCGACCUACAAAGAUCGACUCGAGCAGUGGUUUUUAGCAAAUAGUUUGGACGACACGGAAGAUAAAUCAAAAGUUAAGCGUCGCGCGGUUUUAUUAAGUAGUUUAUGCGAAAACACUUAUAAGUUGGUGCGUGAUUUAGCCCUUCCUAGUGAUGUGACGACUUUAAACUACGAUGCCGUUGUUAAACUCCUGGACGAUCAUCUCGAAACUGUGAAAUGCGGGUUUGCGGAGAGGUUCAAAUUUCAUUCCGCGGCUCAACAGGCGAACGAGAGUUUACCGGAGUGGGCGGCGCGAGUUCGCCGGCUCGCUGCUCAUUGUGGAUUUUCGACAUCAGUGUUAAACGAGACCCUUCGUGAUCGGUUUGUCCUUGGCAUGCAGCCAGGGCCAGAAAGGGAUAAGCUUUUCACCAAACCGUUGGCAGACCUCACGCUGAAUAAAGCGUUGGAGCUGGCAGAAGCUAUACGGUGUGCUCGGCAGGGUUCAUCCCAGGCAGUAGCGUGCGCAGGGAUGAAUACAACUACACAGGAGCAGGCCGUACUUAAGAUAGCGGCCACGUCAUCAGCGCGCGCGCCGGGACCAGCUCAGCGCGAUAACGUAUGCCCAGCGUGCGGGUACAAAGGUCACAGCUCGGAGACUUGCAAGUUUACGAAGUACAGGUGCAAAACGUGUGGUCAACGAGGACAUUUGCGUAGGAUGUGUCAAAAAAAUAGUGCAAAACUCAACUUUAUCGAGUGUUGCCCAGAGGAGGAAGAGGUAGGCGAUGACGUGCUCACAGGCUAUUAGUUAUGGUGGUAAUCGUGUGACGGAGUUCUUAAAUAGAGAUAUAGUUUUAGUUAAGAUAUAUAAAGCCCACAAAUCGAGCUGGGUGAAAGGUACCAUUGUAAAAAGACUCGGUGCUACAGUAUACCUAGUGAGUUUGCUUGGUUGCAACACUGUGCUAAAAAAACACACAAAUCAACUUUUAAAGUACAAAGGGGAGAACGUUGAGAGUUGGCACGAAAGAGAGAGUAGUAGUACUGGUCAAACUUCAUCGAGUGAGAUGGGUAUGCCGCCCAUCGUCUUGUCGCCCACGACUUCGGGUCUCAUCGGUCAGCAGUCUGAUUCGAACUCGACGUUGAAUGCGCCGAGAUCACCUGACAACUGGGCCGGCUGCGAAGUGGAUUCGACUCUGCCCACCACCAGUGCCGAGGGCCAAGCCACCCCUCCAGGUCCUUUGCCCGCCCUGGACGCCGAGACACCGACACCGCCACCGCUCCAGGUCGGCGCGGCCCCGCUGCCCCCGCCGCCGCCGCCGCCGGCACAGAACGCCGCGGCAUCGGCACGGACUACGGCGACUCGCACUGACCAACCAACUCACGAACCAUCUAAACGACCCCGAAACGUCGUUAAUUAUAAGAAAUAUUUUUAGACUAAGGGUGGAGGGAUGUUGUAGCUAUAAGUAUGCAUAUGUACUCAUAGGUUAAGUACCGUUGGCUGCGUCCAACGGCGGUCCGUUAGUCGAAUACAGGACUUCUUUGAGCGAG